GCACUACAAUCUAUACGACCCACAUAUCUUACCUGGAAAUCUACAAUGACGCUGGCUACGAUCUACUGAAUCCCCAACAUGAAGCAUCUCGUCUCGAGGACUUACCGAAGGUGACCAUCAUGGAAGACUCAGACCAGAACAUUCACCUUAAGAACCUGUCGUUGCAACAAGCGGCUAAUGAAGAGGAUGCUUUAGAUUUGCUUUUUUUAGGAGACACUAAUCGUAUAAUUGCAGAGACUCCCAUGAACCAGGCUUCCACACGUUCUCACUGCAUCUUUACCAUUCACCUGUGCAGCAAGAAACCGGGUUCAGCCACAGUGCGAUGCUCCAAGCUUCAUCUGGUAGAUCUAGCUGGAUCGGAAAGAGUAGGAAAGACGGGUGUGGGGGGUCAAAUUCUAACGGAAGCCAAAUACAUCAACCUGUCGUUGCACUAUCUGGAGCAGGUCAUCAUAGCUUUGUCAGAGAAGAAUCGAUCCCACAUCCCCUACCGUAACUCCAUGAUGACCUCUGUGCUUAGGGACAGUUUGGGUGGCAACUGUAUGACCACUAUGAUAGCAACUGUGUCUGUGGAGAGGAUGAACAUUGAUGAGUCUAUUUCCACUUGUCGUUUUGCUCAAAGAGUGGCUUUAAUUAAAAAUGAUGCUUUGCUCAAUGAAGAACUAGAUUCUGCUCUUUUAAUAAUUCAUUUGAAAAAGGAGAUCCAGUCUUUGAAGGAAGAGCUUGCUCUGGUUUCUGGAGAGCAACGGAGUGAUGAGCUAACUCCAGAGGAAAUCCAGAACCUGGAGCAGAGUGUUAAGAUGUUCCUGGAAGACCCUGACUCUGAGGCAACAUUAAACCUAGGACCUGAUAUGAGGAAAAUUCACUUCUGUUUUUCUUUGCUAAAGGCAAGAUUGCAAGAUAGACCAGUUGCUCACAAUUGGGCAGGAGAUGGCAGCAGUACUCCUUUAAUGGACGUGUCGGACGGAGACAACUGUAAAACACAUGCAGAAUGCGAAAAACUGAAAGACAUGUUGAUCCAACGUGAUAAUGAGAUCAGUAUAUUAGUAAGCAUGCUUAAGAGGGAAAAGAGGAAAGUUCAAGAAGUCACAACUGAGCUUAAACAGUUUCACAAUCAAAAUCUUUCACACCACAAUUCAUCGUGGUUAUCCACAACCCUGCAGCCUGAUGACAGUACUAAAAGUGACACCCCUAAGGAUUACACAUAUGUUCAACAUUUGAUAAACAGAAAAAGAGUGCCAGAGAUGUCUGUGGGUCAACUAGAGGCAUUUGAAAUCUUUUUGAGAGACCAUGAAGAUCAUUUAACAAUUGAAGACAAGAAGACUAUACUAAAAGAGAGGUUUGCUGAAGCCAAGUCACUGGGAGAACAUGUUAAUCAGAUCAGGAGACAAGUCAAUGAGUUAAAGUUGCAGCUGAAAAUGAGACGGAUGCAAGUGGCAGCCCAAGGCUUAACCGGGAACCAAAAAGAAUCAGAUUCCGACCAAGUGGAGGAGAGAAUCCUUAACCAGAUAGAGGAGGAAAAGAAAAAUUACAAGAUCACAUCUGGACGCCUAAAAGGACUAAAGACUGAGAUUGAUCAUCUACAGAUGUUACUUGAAAAGUCAAAAAUGAAGCUUCAAAGGGAUUUUGAGCAUUGGUGGACCCAGGAGGCCAUGAGGCUGCAGGCUCACAGUGCAGAGUUCACAGAAACCAAUCAAAGUCACACCAGCUGCAUGUUAACCUGGGAUACUCAUUCAAAACCUGAUGAUAUAGAUGUUCAGGAAAAAAGACAUCAGCAACACAUUUUUUUUUCUUCCAGAAAUGAAGGGAACAUUGUGUCACCUUAUUCUCCCACUGAAACCAACGCUCCCAAUCCUGUGACAACCACAGAAUUUAGCCGUCUCCAAAGGCAUUUCAGAGAAUUUGGCAGUACAUCCAACGGGCCUUACAACCACAGACCACGUGUAACCACACCAGCCAAGGACCUCCACAUCCAGCAUCUUCACCUCCAAGAUCGUCUGAGGCCAGCCACCUGGACAGCUGCUGCAACAAUCGGUUAGCAUAACCAAAGAAUUUUGAAGAGGAGUGGAUCAACAUUCCACAGGCCACAAUCAACAACCUGAUCAACAUGUGAAGGAGAUGUAUUGCACUGCGUGAGGCAAAUGGUUUCAGACCCCACUGACCUCCCAAUACAGUAAAACUAGCCACAAUAAAGAGCCACUCUAAAAUGUGCAGUCUAAAGGGGAUCGAACACCGGCCACGCAGCUCAGCGCUGCGCCGUUCGAAAAAAAAUCGAACACAUUGCUUUCUAUGAGUAUACGCACACCAGCGCCGCCAGGUGGCGUCUGUCCGCGCCGCCCAGCUGUGACUCAGGAAGUUGUUCAAAUCCCUGUCGCGCCACACAGCACCACUCACAUAGUUUAACAUUAAAUAAAAUCAUAUUUGUCCCAAAUCAUUAAGGAUUAACAUUGGCUGCUAACGUAUAUUUUGCAUUUUUAAGUAGACGCUAUCUGACGAAGCUCGCGCUAUUUAAUGUGCACUUCCGGUUUACAAUACCUCCGAGUUCUCC